AAAUUCCUUCACGGCCAGGACCUGGCCCAUCCCCUGAGCAAAGGCAGCCUGGACAUGACCGGCAGGCGAGGGAGGAGGAAUUUGGAUUCCCUUCGGAGACACCGACCCCUCCUCCGCCGGGUACGAGCGAAGCGGGGGGGAAGCCCGGCUCCGGCCGCUCACUUCCCCCGCGGGCAGCCGGAGCUGGACACGUUCACCCGGGGACCCACUCGGUGUCCCUCCACCGCUGGCUCCGACCCCACCGACACCCACCCCGCCCCGGCACGGCGGGGAUGCAGCAUCUCCAGCACCGGGACGGAUCCCUGCUGCGAUGAGAUCUGAGCCUUGACUUGAAGACCUUAACAAAAAGAUCUGCAGAGAGCGUGUGCUUCAGCCCUAAUAAUAGCAUUAACAAGCAAAACUUGACUAAAGUUCAAAAUUAAGAGAUAAGAUGGCCAUCAGUCGGAAGAUCUGCUUCUUUACUCUCAUAUUGCUUCCCAUGGUUACAGCAACCCAUUCCAACUGCAUCAUUAAAAAGGAGCAAGAGACUUGUCUGGAGAAGAUACGGAGGGCAGCUGCCCUGAACCCUCUCAAUGACUCUUCUCCAGGUUGCCCAGGAAUGUGGGACAAUAUUACAUGUUGGAAACCUGCAAGUGUGGGUGAAAUCGUCUUCGUCAAGUGUCCUGCACUGUUCAGAUUUAUCAUCUCUGAAGACGGUUGGGAAGUAGAUAACUUGGGGCAAAACCAUGCAGGUGAUUAUGACCUGCUGGAAAGCACAGCCCAGUCUCCCCUAGGUGACAUCAGCAGAAACUGCACUGAAGAUGGCUGGUCUGAACCUUUUCCUCAUUAUUAUGAUGCCUGCGGCUUUGAUGAAAAUGAAACAGAGUCCGAUAACCAGGAUUACUACUAUCUGUCUGUGAAGGCUCUGUACACAGUGGGAUACAGCACUUCUCUUGUUUCCCUCACCACUGCCAUGGUUAUCCUGUGUCGUUUCAGGAAGCUUCACUGCACUCGAAAUUUUAUCCACAUGAACCUCUUUGUUUCAUUCAUCUUACGUGCAAUAUCUGUAUUCAUUAAAGAUGGGGUUCUUUAUGCUGAACAGGAUGGCAACCACUGUUUUAUCUCAACGGUGGAAUGCAAAGCAGUGAUGGUGUUUUUUCACUACUGCGUCAUGUCCAACUACUUCUGGCUUUUCAUUGAGGGAUUGUACCUUUUCACUUUAUUGGUAGAAACCUUUUUCCCAGAGAGGAGAUAUUUCUACUGGUACACUAUUAUUGGCUGGGGUACCCCAACAAUUUGUGUCACUGUCUGGGCAGUGCUGAGACUUCACUUUGAUGAUACGGGCUGCUGGGACAUGAAUGACAACACUGCCUUGUGGUGGGUGAUCAAGGGUCCUGUGGUCGGAUCAAUCAUGAUAAACUUUGUGCUUUUUAUUGGCAUAAUUGUGAUACUUGUGCAGAAACUCCAGUCACCUGAUAUUGGGGGCAAUGAAUCCAGCAUUUACUUCAGCUGCGUUCAGAAAUGCUACUGUAAGCCUAAGAGGGCUAACCAGCACUCUUGCAAGAUGUCAGAACUAUCUACCAUUACCCUGAGACUGGCUCGCUCUACACUACUGCUUAUCCCCUUGUUUGGAAUUCACUACACGGUGUUUGCUUUUUCUCCUGAAAAUGUCAGUAAGCGGGAGAGACUAGUGUUUGAAUUGGGACUGGGAUCUUUCCAGGGUUUUGUUGUUGCUGUUCUCUAUUGUUUCUUGAAUGGGGAGUUUCUCCCUAAAGGUGCAAUCAGAAAUAAAGAGAAAAUGGAGGAGCUGGAAAGUCAACCGGUAUUUUGCUGUGGAUUUCAAACAUCGCCAUCCUUCUCUAGCGAGCAGCGGAGUGAACGGGGGGACACAACUCUCCAUUCUGAGCAAGAGCAGCUCUCAGAUUCGGAUGUCCAGCAUAAAUGCAGAGAACCUAGCGACAUGAGCAGCUAAGGAAAACAAAUCAAUCAACAAACAAACCAAAAACCAUCCCGUUAAAAAGAAAAAAAAAAAAAUCAUAAUUUCGGUGGUGGUGUAGGUCCUUUCCUUUCCUUUCCUUUCCUUUCCUUUCCUUUCCUUUCCUUUCCUUUCCUUUCCUUUCCUUUCCUUUCCUUUCCUUUCCUUUCCUUUCCUUUCCUUUCCUUUCCUUUCCUUUCCUUUCCUUUCCUUUCCUUUCCUUUCCUUUCCUUUCCUUUCCUUUCCUUUCCUUUCCUUUCCUUUCCUUUCCUUUCCUUUCCUUGAUAUCUGUAGAGGUGAAAAAGCAAAGGAAAUGUGUAUAUAUAUCUUUUUAACAAUCACUGUAAAUACCCAAAUGUACUCAAGGCCAUUAAUGGAAAAAUGUUAAAAAGAUAAACAACAGGCCAAGCCCACCCACUCAAUGAUUUACAUUUCAGAGCACCUGCAAGUAAUCCGUCGUCAGUCAGAAGUAACAAGUGAUUGCUGUGCAGUUGUGAUCCUUGGUUGCCAAACUGAUACUAAUCUGUGAAUGGACAUGACAAUUGUUAUUUUUCAAAUCGGUUUCCAUUUGGGUUUGGAUUUGCUUUUUUUUUUUUUCCCUAGUCGAACGUAUCUUAGCCUGUCCCUGUCUUUUGGCAUGUGAAUUUCUGCAGUGUUUCUCUUUUAAGUCUUAGGAUGGAGCUAACAUGCUUGGGUUAAUCAAACCAGCCGAUUCAGGAAGAACUCCAGAAAAUUGAGUUCCUGGCUGGAUUUAGUCAGAUGUUCCCAGUGGACUUAAAGAAACUGCUGUGCCAAUGUGAAGCUGCAUAGGUACUCUCAAUCAGUGCGGGGACUCCAGGCAAGAGAGAUGGGAUCAGCUGUCCUUUUCCAUACCCAGGGACACUUCUGAGAAUGCUUUACGUUCUAGCUAAGCUGUGAAUUUACUAAAAGGGCCAUGCAGUUGAGAUAUAUUUAUAUUUUUGGCAUUGACUGAUUGAUAGAUUGAUCGAUUGAUCAGAUUCUUUGAAUAACAAAAAUAACUGUCCCCUCUUCCCACUUUAAGAGCAAAAGUCAGUUCCAGGAUGGCCUUUCCCUCCAGAUAACCUUGAUCCCUCUGCACCUGUGUUCAAACAUGGCAUGGUUUUGGGUAGUGCUUUCACACAGAGUGUGGUGCCUUUGCAACCUGGUUGACUUUUGUCUGUUGACUCUUCCCUGCCAGAGCAAGAGGCACAAGAAGGAUCUGGCAUGAUCGUCUUGGAAGGUAAAAAUCAUCUGCAAUUGGUGAGCAACUAAACUGAACAAUGAGGUAGUAUGGAAGGAAAAGAUACUGACUUUGGAUGACUUCCCACACCUGGCAGUUUUCUCUCUCUUUGGAUAUUCUGUUUGUUUAACCACCAAUGGUCUUACUGCUUUUCUUUGAGAGGAACUAAAAUGUUCUUUCAACCUUUGCCUUGUAGUUAAAGCCACGACUGGUAUAUAUCUACUUCAAUCAAAUGUCGAUGAUGUCAAUUCUUAAAAGUCUUUAUACAGUGCAUAAAGGCUUUGAGGACGGUCCUAGCUCUCACUUAAUUUUGGAUUUAUGAACUGAUAUAUAUAUAUAAAAUAUAUAUAUGUGCGUCUAUGUGUAUGCAUAUAUUAAAAAAAUGAAAAUGACAUUUUAAAUGUGAAGUUUUGAACUAAAACUAAUGGUAACCAGGAAAUUCAAAAUUCAGGCUUGUUCUUUGGUGUUAGUUGACAUGAUCAUGAACUAAAAAAAAAAGUGAAAGCCUCAGAAUUUUGGUGUCAGCUGAGUGUGAGCUUUUAAUUUCACUGGUUUUUGUUAGUUUAGGUAAAAAAAGUUUUAAUGUCAUUUUAAGCAUAGGUGUUUAAAAACAAUGCUAGUUUCCUUGUUUUUAAAAGGAGAAAAAAAGGUCUCAGAGAGUUGUGAAAGAAAUAUUAAUUAUAAUAUUUAACACUUAUAUUGUGCUUUAUGGGACAUAAUCUGUUCUCAGUUGUAGCAGUGUGAAUGUAAGUAUAAUUUGAAACAGAGAGAAAUGUUGAGAUUGACUUCAUAUUUGUACAGGAUCAUGCUCUUACAAGAUGCUCACACCCCUUUCAGGUGAAAUCUACACUUGCACAGAAGACCAGCAAAAAGAUUUAAAUUACUUACUUUAUACUCCAGUAUCUUAAGUGGGAGUUAAAUGAUCCAGACACCUUUUUUUUUAAGUCUUCAGCACUGGUUUGCUGCUCUGAGAGCAGAAUUUGUCCCCCCUCUGCCAGACUCUCUGCAAAAGUCACUGAAGUAUUUUUAACUGAUAGAUUGCAGCUUCCUCUCUCAUUAGUUGCUGCUAAAAGCUAUUUUAGAAAGUUUCCCAAGGAACCAUGCACUUUGCAGUCCAGAAAGACAUGGGAGAUGGGGAAAGUCAGAUCUAUCAGGUAAAUGCCUACUUAGACAUUUUUUAAAUGAGACUAUCUAAUGUUAGAUGAAUAGAUAACAUUUAGUUUUGUAUUUUCUGUAGUAUGGGCUUUCACAAGGUAUUGUAUUGACAAUACUGUAAGUGCAUUACUUAAAAAAAUCAAAAAAUAUAAUUCGCAUGAAUGGCUAGUAGCCAAUUUUCAAGCACUAAUAAAUUAGAACUUUUGAGAAAAAGGUGUUGAAUAACUGCCUCUAGCUGGUGACUUUUUGCCAUGUUUCAGUCCAGAGCAAGAAGGCGUUUGGAUCUUUUUUUUAUUUUUUGUUUUUAUUUUGAUUGUUGUUGUUGAGGCUUUUUCUGAGCUUACUUUUGGAUUCUGUUGUUUUCCUGGCUGUCCUACAGUGCUCUGCAAUUUGAGUUGGUGGAUCUCAGUCCAGUGCCUCGUGGGCAAAUGUCCACAUCACCAAAACCACCUUCCAAUCAUGCACACUGGAGACCAGGUCCUCAGCUAAAUUAAAAUCAGUACAGAAAACUGUUAUCAUUAGAAAAAAGCCACUUCACUUUGGCUUGGGAUUUGGCCUCAGCACAUUACUAUUACCAUUAUUUUCUGCCGAUUUCAGCAAGAGAGGCCAAGGACUGAAUAGUCAUGAGAAUUUGGACUUGCCCCUUAAAUUCCUAGAGCCAAUGCUCAGGAGCAAGACAAGUUGGAGGGCAGUGGAGGGGAAAUUUCUGCUGUUGCAGUUGCUGUGUUUCUUGUUCAGUGGGCAAAUUGAAGUCUUCAGUACCUUUCACCAGCACUGAAUUUACUAGAACAAAGGGUAUCUCUUGGCAUAUUUAAUACACAAUAUAUUAUACAAGCAACCCCCUUCUAUUAUGAUUUUUUUAUUGGC